AUGCAUCCUCAGCUAGACAGAAAUAGGUUUCAACCAUGUGAAAAGCUUAUGGAUGCUUUGGAGGAUUGUCACAAGCAAGAAUACGUGAAACAAGUGUUGGGAAUGUGUAAUUUCGAGAAGAAUGAGCUUUCAAAAUGCCUUCACUAUACUAGAGUUGAAGAUUCAAAAGACAGAAUUAGGAGAUCAAGAGAGAAGCAGAAGAUUUUUGAAGCUAAGAGGAAACAAAAUGAAGAGGAAAUAUACGGCAAGAAUAACUACUUAAAGGAAAUAGUCGACAGAGAUGCUCAAAAACUUUCUGAAAAGUCCAAGUGA